AAAAUGUCAAAAUAGUGUCAACAACACCACAACACUUGGUACCACCAGUUUAAAUUACAUACUUUAAAUAAAUACAAAAUGAAUACACCAAUAAACACUUUACUUUUCCUUAAAUAACAAUCCCAAAUUUUUAGGUAGUCUGGUAAUCCAAGUGUUUUGUGCACCAAGUAGUAAAGUAAAAAGUCUUUUUGAACUUUAUUAGGUACUUUUACAUAGAAUUAUUUAACUUGCUUUCUAUUAAAAUAAAAACGUGCUAAUAGUCUUAAUUACUCAAUAAGCAAAAUGGAUCAAAUCUACAUUUAUGCGAUGCAAGUUGUACUCGCUGUCGGUGUUACACUAGGUUCCCAAAGUUUAAACCAAAAUGAUAAGUAUCAUUGGAUGUUCAGUAUUGUGAGAUAUGUUGUUUAUGACUUAACAAUAAAGGGUACCAAGAACUUGAGCUCAAUAGGAUAUGAUAUGUUAAACAAAAAAAGAUGGUUGCACACACAACUGGUAGAAAAUAUAAAUGUUGGUCCAAUAAUCAUUUACAUUGGCUCAAUUGUAAUCUUAUUGAGCAAUAAUGAGAAGAUAUUUUCUGAAGACUUCCUUUUGCUGUUCAUCGCUUACUUGAUCAUACAAUAUCCCGAAUUGGGAAGUACACCCCUAUCUUCCAUAAGCUAUGGCGUAGGGAUGGCGUGCAACUUCUACGAAGGAUACCUCAUGCACGUGAUACCUUCAGACGGCGCCAACUUCGGUGGCUUCAUUCAGAACGUCCAAGCUUUCGAAGCUCGCGAGGGCAUUGUGGUGCCAGUCAGAAAGUUAUUCAUCAUCAUCACAAAGUCCAUGUACAGCCCUCCAGAUCUUCAACUGUUUAAUAAAGAAAAUAGACCCGACCUCUCAAAGCUGGAGUCCUGUUCGGUGAGAAUCGGUGAUUAUUCCAAGGGGCAUCUUCCCUCUUUUCUGGACAUUGAUGAUGCUGUGAUGUUCCAGUCGCUGGAAGAUCGCAGUAGGGAUGUGGCAGGGAUCAGGAACCGUAGCUACAAGAACACGGCGUACAAGAUCCACCGGCAGCGCGGCCCCCCCGUCUACCUCGUGGCCGAGUGUGCUACACCUUUGUAUACUUUAUACCGAGUCAUGGAAAACAAGGAGUUGUAUGAUGACUUGGCCAAGGUGAAUGUCCAAGAUGUCUGUGACGACUUCUGUUCCACACUGUUGCGGCUUCUGGACAGGAGUUCAGAGUGCAGAGACCAGGUGGAACUAGUUCAUUAUGAUGAUAGAGACCCGGAAGCGAACUUAGCAGAUGUAUUACUCAACAGAAUACAACAGCUAGAACCAAGGUUUGAAGAGUUGAUUAGUGUUAGAAGAUAAACAUACAUUCACUUUUGUGAACUGUAAUCAGAAAAAGUGAGAUUAGGAAAAAAACUUGAAAAGUUUGCUUUUGUCUGAGUUGUGAUUAAUGUUGACUUGAUAUCAAAGAUAAUGAUUAUUAUUUGAUUGUUAAUUGAUUUAAAAAAGUAGGAUAUAAAAUAACUUCAAGAUAAAUUGUUAACAGAAUGUAGAUACUACAUAAAAAUAUGUAGGUGAUUAGGUAUGUAUAUUGAUAAUUUUGUAUUAGACCUGAGGAACAGAUUUCUAAUCUAUCAGCAGAUAGUAGUGCAUAAGUAGAAAGUAUGACUACUACUUAUUUUUUGCACUAGUCGCGUAAAUCAAUUUUCUGUUUAAAAAUCGGUUUUUUAAAACAGUUUAUAUUUAAAAGUGAUCAGAUGUAGGUUAAGGGCUAUGUUGUAAAGAAGCUAAAUAUUUGUGCCUUAUAUGUAAGAUGCUUAUAAUAUUAAUCCGUACUUAUACUGUGGAACGAAUGGAAUUGUGAAUAGUUAAAGAUAAUAAUUAUGAUGGUUCUAAACAUGUUGUUGUAUUUUAUAAGAAAAUAGCUAUACUUAAUUAGUUAUACAUUUUAUACUUGACUUAUUUCACAAGUGAAAUGAUGGUAGAAUCUAGUCUAAUAUUAGCCCCUAUAGUUGUUAUACUCUUUGAUAUAAAGAGUUGCACAUAGUGUACAAUGUUUGAUACCAAUUACCAAAUAGGUUCAGUAUAUUUUGUUCCCAGUUAGUCAUAAUCUUCACGAGGAAUACACUGUACUUGUUUGUUCCUAUCUUAUCUUUAAUAAACGGAUAUGUAAAAUAAGUAAGUACCUAAAUUGUUUUGUUAGGUACCUACCUAUUAUUUAUAAAAUUAUAAGUGCAAAAAUGUGCGUACAAUAUAAUUUUGCUACAAUAAAUAUAUCAGAUUUUUUUAUAAUAUGUAA